AUACCGUAAAUUGGCAAUCUGAGCUGCCAGUGAUGCUGGAACAAGUUCGUGAUUUUUCAUUCCCAUCUCGAUCUGCAAUAUACUGUUAUGUAUAAUAUUGUCGUUAAUCAACAAAGAUAUAGCUUCAGAAACAAUGUUUUAAAUUUUAACUAAAUGUGCAACCAAAAGCUCAAAAUAACUCAUAACCAAAAUAAAAACACUACAUAACCUCAAAAUACACUGAAACUGGGACAAAAUUUCAAUUUACAAGCAAAUAAAAUGGUAAAUUAGUUUUACAUAAUUAAAAGUACUCACAGCAGUUAAAACACGGAAAUCAUCUCGCGUUAAAUAUCGUAAAACUGUAACGUUUAAUUUCCCCAUAAUUGACAACUGAUUCCACUUCUUUCAUAAAUUUAUGCACCGCACAAAUGAUUCUUACCGACUUGGUUUUAACAUAAUGUGCAACCAGUGGUAAGAAUUAUCUACUGUAGAAAAAGAAACGGUUCUAGAUUUUAUAUUAUAUUACCUUCAGAGCGUUGCUCACGAGAUAAGUCAUUAAUCAUUUAACAUCACUCUCUACGUUACCGUUAUGAGGUAUGUUUACCGUGUUAGUAUUACAGAGCCAUGUACAAAAAGAUAUAUUGCAUGGCACAUCUUUACAGUUUCUAAACUAUGUAGGAGAAUUGUAUAACAGAAUUUUAAAUGUGUUAAGCGAAUGUCAAAACAGUGAACAUGGUUUACAUAAAAAAUUAUAGAAAAAAGAUAAAGAGAGUAUUACACUCAAAUUAAAAAUAUUACGUUAUAAUUGAAAAUAAGUAAUAAAAUAUUAUUUAUAAAGUGCAACUGAAAUUGGUUAUCUGGUUUAAGUUUGUGAGGUUUCUAAUUAAAGAAUGACGACGUCAAAAGAACUGAAUUUGGCCAGAAAGAGUCUUGUAGCUUCCCUUGGAGAAAAUGCAAAAGUAUACUUUGAAAAAAUGAAGCUUUGGUUUCAGAUGAAGACUACAAAAGAAGAAUUUGAUUGUGAGGCAAGGAAUAUUAUGACAGAAGAUCAAGUACAUCUUCAUAAUGAAUUUCUUUUAUGUCUGUUUAAUAAAGUAAGAGGAUUAGCUGCUGCUACUCCUAAUCGUAAAAUAGACAGAGAAAAAGUCAUAAAAGAAAAAAGACUAAGAUUAAAACGCAAAUAUAAAACUGAUAAAUCAAAUUUCGAGCCUGCAGAUAUGUAUGUUGAAGUAUUGAAUCAAACUUCAUCACCUGUUGGAGAUGAACCCAUUGGAGCAAACCGAUCUAGUGCACAGGAACUUGUAUUACCAGAUAGAACUUUUGUCCUAGCAAGAUUAAUGCUUGCAGCAUGGGAAAAUAAUAUGGAUGGAGCAGAAGAAAAUACUGCACACAUAGUUAUAGCUGCAACCCAGAUUUUCUUGAAAAAUAUACUGACAGCAAUAUUUACUAGGAGGAAGGGAUACGCAAUAAGAGAAGGUUCAUUCAUUUACAAUAUUGGAGAACCAGUUCCUAGUUCAUGGAAAAGAAAUUCCACUCGCAUAUUACAAUCAUCAGAUCAAUGUGCAACCAAAAUAGUAGAUCCUUAUGGUCAAGUACCUUCAAUAAAACCAAAUUUUGAAGAAGCAGAACAAGCUACAGCUUUUGCUUAUGCAUGUUCUCCACAGACUAUUCCACCUCCACUAAAACCUGUUAGUACAGCUGAUUUACAACGUACACUGAAGAUAUACAAAAAUCUGGUUAGUAAUCACACUAUAUAUGCUACUAAUAUGGAACGUUUAUAUACAUAUACCACGCAUCCAACAUGGGAAGAUUUUGAAGCCAAAAGAAUACUGUGCCAUCAAUCUAUGACAUGAAUAUCUAUGUACUUAAGUAAAUUAUUCUUAAGGCUCAUAAUUUAAAUACAAUUAAGAAUCUGUAUAAAAAGAAUAACGUGAUUAUUUGUCUUUUUACAAAGUGUUCUUUA